AUGGCCGCCUGGGCCCAGUCUGGGGUUUCUGGGCGUGCCCGCCACCGCCCGGCUCGCUCCACUGGGAAGGGAAGUCACAGUCGCCACAGUCGGAGCCGCCGCCGCCUGGAGCAGCCGGCACCCCCGCCUCGCCGCCCCCCUCCGCGCCCCCCGGCGGUCGGAGAAGACCUUCAACAGCGCCGCGCCUUCAAACAAAGAGAAGACGCCCGACUUAUCCCAGAGCAGCGUCCAACCAAAAUCCCGGGGAUAACAGAACGAUACAAGGGUGAGAAGCAUCUUCCUGUCCUGGAUGAAACCAAGUUCCUUGUACCUGAUCAUGUCAACAUGAGUGAGCUCAUCAAGAUAAUUAGAAGGCGCUUACAGCUCAAGGCUAAUCAAACCUUCUUCCUCUUAGUGAAUGGAUACAGCAUGGUGAGCGUGUACACGCCGAUUUCUGAAGUAUAUGAAAGUGAGAAGGAUGAAGAUGGAUUCCUGUCCAUGGUAUACGCCUCUCAGGAGACAUUUGGGCUGAAAUUGUCAGUGUAA